AGAUGCGCACAGUGGGUAGGAAAGCUCAGGCGGCGAAUCAAGAGAAAAGAUUCUGUGGGGUCGUAAAAAGAUCGAGGUUUGCGCGAAGGAGGAUGGAACGGGGAGGGGGGAGAGGUUGGAGCAGAUCUUUUCGCAGGCUCACAGGUCUGUGGUUUGAUUUCUCUCUCCCUUUCUCUCUCUUUUCCGCAAAUGGAGUCCCUUGCUGCAACUGUUUCGACCAUCCCUCGAUCAUCGUCGAUCUUCAGCCCUCACGUCACCGGAAGAGGAUGCGACGCCUUUCUUCGUCCAACUCUCCGCAGCAACUACCAACAUCAUGGUUCUCGUUUCCGCAUCUUCUUCUCGAGCAGGAAUUCUUCUUUUUCUGGCCACCAUGGCAGCAAUCAGGAGGAUCCAUCAUCUCCUGCCCCCGAUAGCAACGCCAUCGUUCCUCUUUUCAGAGAUAAAGUCUCCUUCUCCCAUCUUUCCAAGGACGAAGCGAUGGGCUUGGUUCUGAGCGCGGCCGGAAGAGGAUGGACGACGGAUUCGGGGAUGGAAGGCCCACCGUCCCCAGCGGCUGGCGAUCAGCCGGACUCUGUUGCUCAACAGGUCUCCACCUUUCCAUGGUCGCUCUUUACUCGAUCUCCUCGCCGUCGCAUGAGGGUUGCGUUCACCUGCAACGUCUGUGGGCACCGCACCACCCGCGCCAUUAAUCCCCACGCCUACACGGAUGGCACCGUCUUUGUGCAGUGUGCAGGAUGCAACGUCUUCCAUAAGCUGGUUGAUAACUUAAAUCUCUUUCUUGAGAUGAAAGGUUCCAGGUAUCCGAAAUUCCGGAAGGAAGAUCCCAUGGAUGAUAUACAGUUUAGAUAUUUGGGCCUGGAUGACUUCCCUUGCCCGUAGAAGCAGGUUCAUGAAGAGUUGGUAUAGUACUAUAGAGGCUGAGAAAAUGAUGUGUACAGAGUUCAUCAAGAGCUAUGUUAAGUUCUUGAAUGUAAGUUGAUAUAUCAAAAUUAAUGAGAACUAUACAUAAUAAUAUAUGAUGUGAAAUCCAAAGGAUCCUUUUCUUACAACAAA